UUAUUAACAUUGCCAGCGUGUCGUCAGUCUGCCAUCAAAUUUGGCACCAACAAGAUCACUCUGUGAACCACGUUCCUGACAGCCAAAUUCCUGCGUAUAUGUUCUCAGUGUUGUCAAAUGUUCCGGAGUGCUGCAUACUAGCAAGAUUAGUAGGCAAGCGUGGCAACACUAAACAAAAUCGUGUUACAAUACACAAUACACCGUGAAACCGUCUGUGAAGGUGUAAUCCUCGAGUGAGAAAGUGCGCGACACACCUGACUCGUUUGACAGCCCUGAUACUCAUUAGCUUACGCAUCGUUGUGUGCGUACGAUCGUGUUAUGAUAAGGUGACGCGUGAUCAGCUAUCCGCAUCUGUUUGUAGUCCCGACACCUGGCACCGAUCAUGUUCCUGGGCGCACUGCUGCUGACGCUGAUCCUGCUGCAGUGCGAUGGCCGGGCACUGAAGCGCGACAGAACCGUGCCGAACGAUGACGGCGGCUACAGCUUCCUGUCGAGGCAAGCGGCCGCGGAGAAUGCCUGCGAGCAGCUACCACCACCGGUGCUGACCGAAAUACUAGGACCGGCGUUUAAUCCACGCUACAUGAGCAUCGAGGAGCCACCGGUAGCGGAGAGCGGCGGUGAUCAAUCGAACCCAGCCGGAAAGCGGGAUGCGGAACCGUUUCCACCGUUCUACGUCGACGAUAAGUACUCGCUCGAGCUGAGCCACAAACCGGCCUGGGAGGUGAAACACGUCGCGGACCCGAUCCCGCAGGGGGAGCUUGUUGGCGGUCGGGUGCGGACACGGCGCGACCUCUUCAACGACAUCCUGGCCACGCUGGAACAGGGUGCCACAUCUGCGGAGCACGACGGCGCACAAUCGGCCCGAUCGGUCCGAUCCUUCGGCGGUAAGGGCCGUACGCGAUCAUCCAGCACGGGGGGAACGCCGCGACCGUGGGAGUGUGAGGCGAAGAUACGGUGGAUCGAUCUGGGUCCGGAGUACUUUCCCCGGUUUCUGCGGACGGUCGAGUGUACGCGGCAGAACUGCUGGUACGGCCACUACUCCUGCCAGCCGCGCUCGUUCACGGUGAAGAUCCUGCGGCGGCGAACGGGCGAAUGCGUCCAGAGCGAUCGGUUACGGCGCAUCGGUGUCGACGGAUUGCCGGGCGAGCUGCGGGAGCUGUGGGUGUGGGAGGAGCGGGCGGUCAACUUUUGCUGUGACUGUGCGCCAGCCUUCUGAACCGGGUGCCGCCGUGUUGUUGUGUAGCGUUGUAUAUUUAAGCGUUUAUUUAAAUCUUUCGUACUCGUUGACGCACUGGUAAAUCUUAAUGUUGACAUUUGGAUAAGUGGCAUAAAAAGAGGAGAAGCAGCAGUAGUUAGUAAGUCAUGUAUAGGCCCUAAAUCGUGUACAUAUUUAGUCAUAUACAUUCGGGAAAACCGUAGGUGUUUAAGGGACUGCAACAGGACAGGACGGUGGUUGGCAGAGCGAAUGGUACCGAGGACGAUCAUUUGCCCCGUUCAGUGUGCGUUGUGCGUUUGUGCGUCGAUGCAACUUGAACGUCAGUGUUGUUGGUGUGUGCACGUGCGCACAGUGGGUCUCGUGCGUGCGUGCGUGCGUGCGGCUGUAUUUGUGUGUGGGCGUGAAGUAACAAAUAAAACUAAAGCUUACC